AUGUCUUCUACCAACGACCAAACCAAGACCCAAGACGUUACCAUGACCGAGGCCCAACAACCUCAAGGACAACAACAACAAGACAAGAGCAAGCAAGAGCUCGUAAAGAUCAUCAAGCACUACAAGGAUAAACACGACAAGCCGUUUAGUCGAUUGAAGUCAUGGAGACCUGACCUGAAGCAAUUCGAACGCCGUCAGCCAAACCAUUGCCAAGACCCAAAGGCUCUCGAUAGCUUCCGCGCCUUUAUACCUAUGACGAAUGGUGAAAAAUGA